AUGUCUCGCCGCCCGCCAAACGCUGAUCGGGCAGCGCAGAACCAGCAGAUGAUAAAGAAUCUAUUAAAGCUGACCUGCAAUAAAACAUGUGCUGACUGCAAGCGGAAUAAGCAUCCAAGAUGGGCAAGUUGGAACAUCGGCGUAUUCGUUUGUAUCCGAUGCUCGGGUAUUCAUCGAGGAAUGGGAACACAUAUCAGUCGUGUAAAAUCUGUGGACCUUGACUCCUGGACGGACGAGCAGUUGCAGAGUAUCAUGAAAUGGGGAAAUGCAAGGGCAAACAAAUAUUGGGAGGAUAAACUCAACCCUGGGCAUGUGCCGUCCGAAGCGAAGAUUGAGAAUUUCAUCCGAACAAAGUACGAAUCGAGACGAUGGGUUAUGGAUGGUCCGAUGCCCGAUCCGUCUACGCUCGAAGUAGAAGGUGAUGAAGAUGUGCCUUUGGCAGUUAUCCAGGAGAAGGCCAAGCUAGAGCGAUCGGCCUCCCAACAACACCAAAGCUCUAGCCGUCCCCGACCCGCACAAGCUCAACAAGCCGCUGUGAACUUCUUUGACGACGAGCCUACAAACCCACCGCCGCGACCGAGGACCACCGACAUACCAGGAUCCCGACCUACCCCCCAUACAACAGCCGCUCAGAAGCCUAGCAAACCAGCAGAUUCCUUGCUUGGAUUAGAUUUCUUUGGCCCAAGCCAACCUAGUGGAGGAGCUACCAGGCCAGCCAGCACUCCAAGCGGGGAUGCUCCCGCAUCGGGUCCUUCAAGGCCAGAUCUUAAACAAUCCAUUCUAUCCCUUUAUGCCUCAGCACCCCCCAAACCUCAAGAGCCUCAGCAUGAACGAAACUCAUCAUUUAGCUCAUUUUCAUCCCCUCCAUCCCAACAGGCCUCUAAACCUGAUGCGUUCGGUGGACUUACUGAUGCCUUCAGUGGCCUGAGUUUCCCUUCGACCACGUCGCCUCCCAUCCCGAAGCAGCAGCAAUCGACCUUUUCUGCUUUUGAUAGCCUUACCAGCUCCAUGUCCUCACCUGCCGCUCCAAAGGUAGCCUCGCCUUCCAUGUCAACCAGUAAUAGUUUCUUCAACGAUCCCCCGAAGUCGCGCCAGGUUGCAUCACCACCUCCAGCCAGCACUUUCGAUUUGAUGGGCUCAACAGUGGGGUCGGCGAAGGCACCUGCAGCACCUCCGAGCGCGUCCAACGAUAUGUUUGAUCUCUUCUCCUCACCAGUGCCAAAGGCAGCCUCCACUACAACGACUACAUCCCCUCCGCUUGCCUCACCCAGCCAUAACUCCGCCUUCAAUCUUUCGUCACCCCCUCAGCAACCAGCAGUAAAAUCGCACCCUACAAGCAGCGUUAGCCCUUCGAACGCAUUUUCCGCCAGUACCAUGGACCCUUGGGGUGGCAAUGCGUGGAGCACAGCUGAGCCAUCACCCCCGGUCGCGACUUCAAAAGCUACGUCUUCAAUGAAAGUCCCAGAUACCUUAACCGCCAACGAUAUAGGUAGUGGCUGGGGAGCCCCCUCGCCUGCUGCGACGAAAUCAACUCCAGCAGUCGCCGCCGAUGAAGACUUUGGCGGGUGGGCCGACCCAACCCCAGCACCAACCAAAAAUGGAAAUAAUUCUUCCAAUAAAGGCAAAUCUGGUGGCUUUGGUGGUGGUGAUGACUUGUUUGCAAACGUUUGGGAAUAA